UGCUCCUGCUGUGUCUCUGGCUGCAUCAGACAGACGGUCUAGCUGGUCCUGAUCCACGUUUAGAGUUCAGCUGCUGGGAAGACACUCUGGUUCGGGACCUGUGGAUCAAAGAGGGGCCAGACCCCACGUGUGGAUUUCAGCGCGCCUCAGAGAUGCUGAAUCCAGAGCUUGUGGAGUAAAAGGCGGGAGUUUGAGAGAAAGUUGACGAAGCAGCGCAUCAGCAGAAAAAGUGUUUGGGAGAGACGCGGAGCAGAGGGGAGGGGGUCACUUCCACAAGUCCAUUAGCAUUAAAGUGUAGCUCUGCUACUUUUUCUCUUUAAAGCGGCUCCUCACCAGCCUCCAAAAUUUCACCCAAAAGCAGACAACAGGAUCAUCCUGCGCUAACGCGGCUGGUCGGCAGGAAGCGGCUGGUGGCGGCGGGGGUCCUGGGGGUCGUGAUGGUUCUGGUUUUGGUCAUCCUCAUCCCGGUUCUGGUCAACUCAGCGGGGACAGCGGCGCAUUACGAAAUGCUCGGUACCUGCAGGAUGGUGUGCGACCCGUACGGCACCAAGUCUCCGUCCAGCACCGCCACGGCGGACCCGGUCCGAGACAACAGCCUGGUGCAGUCUUUACCCACGUUCAUCCAAGGUCCGAAAGGGGAACCGGGUCGGCCGGGUAAGGCGGGUCCUAGGGGACCUCCUGGCGAGCCGGGACCGCCCGGUCCAGUGGGGCCACCUGGAGAAAAAGGUGAACCGGGCAGACCCGGUUUACCAGGACCUCCGGGAUCCACCGCAUCUGCCGGUGCAAUCAGCGCGGCCACUUACACCACUGUGCCCAAGAUCGCCUUUUACGCGGGGCUAAAGAAGCAGCACGAGGGCUACGAGGUGCUCAAGUUCGACGAUGUGGUGACGAACCUGGGAAACCACUACGACCCGACCACCGGGAAGUUCACCUGCUCCAUCCCCGGGAUUUAUUUCUUCACGUACCACGUCCUGAUGCGCGGAGGAGACGGAACCAGCAUGUGGGCUGAUCUGUGCAAAAACAACCAGGUGCGGGCCAGUGCCAUUGCCCAGGACGCAGACCAGAACUAUGACUAUGCCAGUAACAGUGCUGUGUUGCACCUGGAACCUGGAGAUGAGGUCUACAUUAAACUAGAUGGAGGCAAAGCUCAUGGAGGCAACAACAACAAGUACAGCACCUUCUCUGGAUUCAUCAUCUAUGCUGACUAGAAAACACCACAUCCCCAGCUGUCACAGACCCUGUGGUCCAGAUCUUGCCACUAAUAAAAUGCUCAGACUUCCACUUUUACACAUGUGGAGAAUCCAAUAUGAAAGUUUCUUCAUAACCAGUGUAUUACUUUACUUUGUACAUCUGCCAUCACCACAGUCCGCAGUGACUCCGGAUUUUCAUUACAUCACAGCUGACGUCUUUGUGUUAAUGUAGAACUGUGACAGAGUGAUGGUGUGAAGGUGUGUGUGUGGUGUAAUGUGAGAAAUAAAGUGCGAGAAAGGCCCAGCCUAUAUACUACUGUACAGCUGGGGGACACAUGAUAUGUGUGUGUGUGUGUAUGUGUGUGUGUGUGUGUGUGUCGCUCUCUCUCUCUCGAGGGGUGUGGUAACAAUAGAGCGAUAGAGACCCCUCACUCUUAAAUCUGAUUGGGCAAUAACCUGCCUGUGAGUCCAGAGAGGAAAACCUCAGAAAGAGCAUCAGCUAACGUGUAGUUCUAAAAACUGUCAAGUCAGUGAGUGUCAGGUAAUCAACUGUAGGAUGAUUUUGUGCAAUACCUAUUAUAAUAAACUAUA